AUGGCAGAGCAAGUCUUUCAGAACUUUGAGACCCUUCAGCUCCAUGCUGGAUACACACCGGAUCCUCACACGAGGUCCACUGCCGUUCCCAUCUAUGCGACAUCUAGCUACACUUUCAACGACUCUGCUCAUGGCGCGCGCCUCUUUGGUCUCAAGGAGCUCGGCAACAUCUACAGUCGUCUCAUGAACCCUACUGUUGAUGUUUUCGAGAAGCGAAUUGCUGCUCUAGAAGGCGGCAUUGCCGCUGCUGCCACUUCCUCUGGUCAAGCUGCUCAGUUCCUCACCAUCGCCACUCUCGCCAAGGCUGGUGAUAACAUUGUGGCCAGCUCGCAUCUGUACGGUGGCACAUACAACCAGCUUAACGUGCUGCUCCCCCGGUUUGGCAUCAAGACCAAGUUUGUGCGAAGCGGAAAGCUUGAGGACUAUUCUGCUGCUAUUGAUGACCAAACUCGUGCUAUUUAUGUCGAGAGCAUGAGCAACCCCGAUUACGUCGUGUCUGACUUUGAAGGCAUCGCCAAGAUCGCUCAUGAGCACGGUAUCCCCCUCGUCGUCGACAACACUCUUGGUGCAGGUGGCUAUUAUAUCCGUCCUAUUGAGCAUGGCGCCGACAUCGUUGUCCAUUCUGCGACCAAGUGGAUUGGUGGACAUGGUACUACAAUUGGUGGAGUGAUUGUUGACAGCGGCCGCUUCAACUGGAACAAGCACUCAGACCGCUUCCCUGAGAUGGUUGAACCCUCACCCUCGUAUCACGGCCUCAAGUACUGGGAGGCUUUCGGUCCUGCUACCUUCAUCACUCGAAUCCGCGUUGAGAUGCUUCGGGACAUUGGCGCGUGCCUCAGCCCUUUCUCCGCACAGCAACUCCUCCUCGGUAUCGAGACUCUCGGUCUUCGAGCUGAGCGCCAUGCGCAAAACACAGAAAAGUUGGCCAAGUACUUUGAGUCCAGUCCCAAUGUGAGCUGGGUUCUCUGGCCAGGUUCUGAGUCUCAUCCGACAUACUCCCAGGCCAAGAAGUAUCUCACACGAGGAUUUGGCGCUAUGCUGAGUAUCGGAGUCAAGGGAGAUGCUUCAGCUGGAAGCAAGGUCGUGGAUGGUCUCAAGCUCGUGUCUAACCUUGCCAACGUGGGUGAUGCUAAGAGUCUUGCUAUUCACCCUUGGUCUACAACACAUGAACAGUUGUCCGAGGAUGAGAGGCUCGCUUCUGGUGUGACGGAGGAUAUGAUUCGUAUCUCUGUUGGAAUUGAGCAUGUUGAUGAUAUCAUUGCCGAUUUUGAGCAAUCUUUCCAGAAGGCAUAUGGAUCUUAG